UCUGCAGCUGCAGGGAAAUCCACGUUUGUGAAUAUUCUCAAACAAGCCGGUGAGGAAUGGGAAGUUGUUCCGGAGCCUGUAGCCAGAUGGUGCAAUGUUCAGCAAAGCUCUGAAGACGAUUGCGAGGAGCUGACUACAUCACAGAAGAGUGGUGGAAACGUGCUUCGGAUGAUGUAUGAGAAACCGGAGAGGUGGUCUUUCACUUUCCAGACGUAUGCAUGUCUCAGCAGGAUCCGGGCUCAGCUCAGAUCCCUCGACGGCAAACUCCGAGAGGCAGAGAAUCCCGUGGUCUUCUUCGAGCGAUCUGUUUACAGUGACAGAUACAUCUUUGCAGCUAAUUUAUACGAGUCCGAUUGCAUGAAUGAAACCGAGUGGGCUAUUUAUCAGGACUGGCACGACUGGAUGAACAAGCAGUUUGGUCAAAGCCUGGCUCUGGAUGGCAUCAUUUAUCUCAGAGCCACUCCUGAGAAAUGCUUAAAUAGGAUUUACUUGCGUGGGAGAGAUGAAGAGCAAGAAAUUCCCAUUGAGUAUCUGGAGAAACUUCACUACAAACACGAAAGUUGGCUUCAGCAUAGGACACUGCGAACGGAUUUUGAAUAUCUGCAGGAAAUACCGAUUUUAACGUUAGACGUUAAUGAGGACUUCAAAGGCAAAAAGGACAGAUAUGAUCACAUGACUGAAAAG